CACCCCUCACUGACAGAGACUCCAGUGUGGGCUGAGAGACAGGCUGAGGGAAGACAGAAAUGAUCAGGCUGCUCUCUCCAGGUUGUGAAGGUCUGAAAUAGUUCAGUUCUAUAAAAUAGUGGAUUGAUUCAUUUCUAAUUAAAAUGUAUAUAUAUUAACCUUUGUGCUUUAGGCAGUGAGAGGGAGCAUGUAAGUGUUACUGAAAGAAAAAGGCUGGUGGAGCAGGGGUAUGGGAGAGGAUGAGAGCACAGUUAAAAUACAGUUAAAAUGGGAGUAGAAGACAUUUUCCACUCCUGUCUUCUAUAAUUGUUCUAAUGGGUAUUUAUGGAGGUAUUGAUAGUGAAGUGGUGCCCUGGUAAAUGAUUUGCAGGCUGAAUGACGAAUAACAGGGGGUGGUUCACCUGUCUGCCGUGCGCGGGUGCGUUCGUCCCAUUUGGAAAAAGUUGGCAGUGCAACGGUUACGCGGAAUCCAGAGUUGCGCCGAGUGCGUCUUAAAAUUAUGCUCUGAAGGGCAAAGGAUAUGAGGAGAGCGAUCAUAACAAACGCAGACUCACUCUCCAGACCCUCUCUGUUUGUAAACCGAUAGUGCACCUCAGACUCCAACCUUCUGUACAAGAUUUGAUGAAGGACAAGUCGUGGUUUGAUGCGCUGUGAACGAAACGUCAUUUUACCAAAAAGCGGUGGAUUCACUCUGCCAACAGUGUGACAUGGAAGUGUGCGGCACUGUCGCCAACAUGAUUGAAGACAGGCACACUGAAGCUGCCGCAGGAAUAAACGGAAAUAAUAUAUCCUAAUAUAUUGUGAGGCCAGUUUAUAAAAGGGUAAUGUAUAUAUGUGCUGUUGGGUAGUUUCACGUGAUAAGGAUACGUUCGCACCAAACAUUUUCUUCGGGACUGAAAAUGGACCUGUAAAUCACGCCACCCCUGACGCUUACCGGGCCAUUUCAAUGGGAGCCGACCAAUGGAAUUACGUUACCGGCUUUUGUCUUACCCAUUCCAGAGGAAGUAGAGUAUUAAGGGACAUUAUUCAAAGUUCUUAUGAAUCAAGUGAAAUUUGAUCUAAUGAGACAGAAAUUUGUCUCAAAUGCAGCGCUUUAAUUGUUCUAAUAGUGCUUAUUGAAUUCAUAUUGGUGCGUUAUUGCGCGUAAUAGACAAGGCUAUUGAAUUAGAUUGCAUAGGCUUUACGUGUUUUCUAGUAGUCCAAGUCAUAUCAGUCUAUAUAUCCUCCUCCUAAGUAAUCUAUAGACUGGAAGAUAUAGAUAUUCAUCAGUUUGAUUGGGAUUUUUAUUCCAUGUGCAAAGGGACAGCGAUGGCACUGCUGUCAAUGUUUGACUGUUAACUACAAGUGGAAUAUAAGCUUUUAUUCAAGUGGUAAGAGAAGGAAAGGACAAGGAAAAAAUAACUAAUUUGAUUGGACCUAAAAAAAAUUGCGUGCCUCUUGGAGUAGGCAACAGCACAAUGGGGAUUAUACUUCAAGUUAUUCUAGGAAUGUUUCAAUUCCUCCUGCUCACCAGAAUAUCCUCGUCCCAUGCCAAGCUAGCUCACUGGCGACCAGCUGCAGACUCCCCCAAAUCCAGAGAAGUGAGGAGGUGGUUGGAGGUCUACUCCCGGAGUGGUUGUGAGCCCAGGGACACACUGGUAGAGGUGUGGCGGGAGUUGCCAGGGGAGACACACAGCCUCUUCGUCCCCUCGUGUGUGUCGGUGCGCCGCUGUGGCGGCUGCUGCUCUGACGAGGCCCUGGAGUGUGUGCCCUCGCUCACACACACAGUCACAAUGGAGCUCAUGAAGACCUCCUUUGUCAACCAUGAACUCAUCCAGCUGCCCUUUAUUGAGCAUAGCCAGUGUGAGUGCAGAUUGAAAGAGGAGCUCCACUCAACUCCUGAAAGACAGGAUCCCAGGUCAAACAGGAAAAGCCGGAAAAAGGAGAGAGGAAAACCCAAACGAAAGAAAACUGGAAGAACCCCUUUUACUCCUGGUCCUCGCCCUAAUCCUCCCUCUACCCCUCCUCCGCCCCCUUCUCCUCCCUCCACCCCUGCCUCCCCAUGCCCACCCUGCCCGGGGAGGAAGUGGGUUGUUGACUUACAAUCAUGUCAGUGCCAUUGUACAGUCACUUCAGAGAACUGCAUUCAGAAAGGCAGGAGACUCAACCUACAACUCUGCAGAUGUGAUGCCAGGAGGCGAUGAUUUCUUCAUCUUUGUCUCUCUUUCUUUCUUGCUCUCCUCCUCUCCAUCUUUUUCUGUCUCUUACUAUCUCUCUCUUUUAUGACCUCUAACAGGCCCUCUCCAAUAUCCACAAAUGUAAAUGUUCACAUACCAUUUUUGCAGUAGAGUAUAUCUGUGUUUGUGUAUCUGUUGUGUAUCUUGUCAUCAAAUGACUAGCUGGGCACUUAACGGCUUCUCUGUCAUCUGCAUGUGCCACCCAUAUCACCCUAAGAGAAGGGGCCAGAUGGGGACACGGUUUACAGGUAACAUGUUAUUCUGGCAAAAUUAAGAUGUGGAUUGGUCACUCGAACUGGGACGCAUCUUCCCAGCAUUCACGGCUCACAAUGCCCAGACUCAUGUGACAACAGAACUUCAAAGCCUGGUCCCAGAUCAGUUUUGACGGUGGGCCUGUGUUGUCUUUGCCUGUAAGCAACAGAUGAACUCACCAAGGAAAUGUUCAAGGCUACAGCGAUGGCAAUGGAGUACCUGAUAUAACUGCUCUUUUGGGGAACCCUACUGACUUGUAAAUACAAACUUCAUCAGGAGUUUGAAGUCAGGGUCAAGCAAAAGGCAACAUGGAUGGACUUUUGAAAGAAGGACCGCAAUGCCCCUUUGUAGUAAACACACACAAACCAACACACAAACACAGACAGCGGCCAUACAGUAUGUCAUUUACAUACAAGGGUCAGCAUGCAGCCUCGUGGUUGUGUAGCUAAGUGUGUUGAAUGGCUGGAUAGGCUGAGCCUGUGUGGUCCACGCCGUAAAUGGCACAGAUGGGUUACCAUGCCUUCGUCCCACUCUGUCAUUCACCCUCAGCAUAUGACCGCAGGCUGGAUCACUGAGGGCCUAUUCUGCCAUUUGUUUGAUUAUCUUUUUGUGUCCACCCCCCCCCCCCACACACACACACACACACACUCCUCCCUGAGUGAAAGAGCUCUUCAUUCAGGCAGGGUAGUGAGGGGAAUGACAAUAAUGAGGCCUGGCGGCCGUCCACAGGUUGAUACAAGUGCACACAUACACACAUACUGUAUGUUUGUACAUACAUGCAUACACUAUAUACUUUGCAAACAUACAGAUACACAUCUAUGGUGUCCACUAAUGGAUUUGCUCAAAAUUUCAGUUUUCUGCAGGUAAGUAUAAGCUUGUUUGGAAAAUAAAUGUUCAGAAAUGUAUAUAUUUCGGGUUGUUUUUGCUACCAUAUUCUAUUUGUAUACAGUAUUUUAUGUUAUAUUUUCUUAUGUAUUUUGAAAGAUGUUGUAGACGUUUAUUGUGGGAAUGUGUUUUUUUGUGUUUGUCCCUAAUCCGUCGACAUAAAGAGUCCCACCGGGUGGCCGGCUAUGUACACAC